CCUGUACAUGCACUGGGUAAUACUGGCACCACCUUCAUCAGAAUGCUGAUCACUGCUGCGGACCGAUUUGCCCGGCGCUGGAAUCCUGUAGGUCAUUAUACUCGCCCGGCUCGCAGGGAUCACAUACUGAGAUGCAUCUCUUUUCGGUGAUCGCUUUCUUCCUGACGGCCACGACAGCCUAUUACAUUUACACCCCACUGCCAAGGGCGAUUUCCGAGCCGUGGAAAGUUAUGCUGCUGGAUGCAGGAAUACGCUUCGUUGUGAAAAUGGGAUACCUUGUGGAUGACCUCGGCCUCAGUCACCACACCCGGGUUCUGAACUUUGCUGUGGACCACCUGGAAGUUCUGGCCCCACAGUCGAGUGAGGGGGUGUGCGUCAGCGACACUGUCUUCGCCGGGCUCCGGGUCCGCGUGUUCGAGUCCACCCGGGAGCUGGGGGGGCAGCUGAAGAGGGGCUUGCUCUACUUCCAUGGAGGGGGAUGGGCGAUAGGCACUGGCAGGAUGCGAUCCUAUGACCAGCUGUGCCGCAGGAUGGCCCAGGAGCUGGAUGCGGUCGUCGUGUCUGUUGAUUAUCGCCUGGCUCCGGAUGUGGUCUUCCCAGGUCAGUACCAUGAUGCCAUCCUGGCUGCCUGGUACUUCCUGCAGCCCGAGGUUCUGGCCCAGUACUCAGUGGACCCAGGCCGGGUGGGCGUGACCGGGGACAGCGCCGGGGCUAAUCUGGGUGCCGCAGUGGCUCAUGAGGUCGCUAUGGACUCUCAGGCACCUAUCAAGUUCCGGGUGCAGGCCCUGAUCUACCCAGUUCUGCAAGCCCUGGACUUCAACACACCUUCCUACCAGCAGAACCAGGCAGUUCCCAUACUGUACCGCCCCCUCAUGGCCCGGUACUGGCUGGAAUACCUGGGCGGAGACCCGAGUUACAUCCAGCCCCUGCUGGCUAAUGACCAUGCAGCACUGGACAUGAGCCAGCUCACCUCGCACCGGGCCAAGCUGAACUGGACUCGGCUGCUGCCAGCUGCAGUCCGUAAGAACUAUGAGCCAGUGGUGCCGCCGCGGGGCUCUGUGCGGAUGCUGGAGGAGCUACCGGGUCUGACUGACCCACGGGCAGCCCCGUUGCUGGCCGAGCAGGAGGUGCUGGCCCAGGCUCCACCCACUUACAUCCUGACAUGCGAGCAUGAUGUUCUGCGGGAUGAUGGUCUCAUGUAUGGGCGGCGCCUGGAGGAGGCAGGAGUGGCCGUCAGCUACGAUCACCAUGGGGAUGGUUUCCAUGGCUGCCUGUCCUUUGCCUUCUGGCCCGCCUACCUGGAGAUUGGAAUACGAUGCGUACAAAACUAUAUACACUGGUUGGGUGAAAAUCUGUAAACAGCUCUGCCCACCUCACCUGGCUGCACCUUACCCUGCUGAGCCCCACCCACCCAGGACACGUCGCCGUUGGUUUACAGAAAAAACGCUGUGUGGUCUCAUGGUGCUGGUUACUUUUAAGAAUAACUGUGGACUUUUUGAGAUUGUGGGUUUUAUAAAUGAGAGAAUGAGAGAGAGAAUGAAUGGGGCAAAAACUGUCAACAUACAUUACCAAGAAAAACGUAUUACC